GACCGCUGAAUGUAAUGGACUUGAGUCGAGGACGGGUUGGGGAAUCGCACUUGUAAAUGCUUCACACAGAUACUAUAUAUAACAAAAAAUAUUGCCAACGGAAACUAGAGAAGCAACCUAACCAAGGCCAAACUAAACACAAUUAAAAUAUGUAAUAUUUUAUAUUUAUAUUUAAGAAAAUGAAAAUUUUGUACGUUAAAAUAGUCUGAGGACCAAUUACCGCAGACAGUCGCAGCGUGGCCCCACACAGCCUGUUGUUAUGUAGAAUGACUAUAAAACAUGUACCCGGCAGUUAGGUUCAAGUUCAACCACAUAUAUUGAAACAAUAAUAUACAUCUCAAAAAAGGAUAAAAAUAGCAUAGCCCUUAGGCUAUUUUUUUACCCUCCAAUGGGAGUUAGGCAGCUGUUGUGGGUGGCAUACUGAGCAAGAUCAGUAUAGCAGACCUAGAGGGCGAGGGACCUCGAUACGCCUUUGCCCCAUUAACGUGAAUUAUAAGUACUUUAUAAAGUGCUGUAACACCAAUUUUUUUCACUUUUCUUAACAGCCAAAGUUGCACGUCACUUUACCGUAGUGUUAAAGCGUGUUGGUAACACUGUGAUCAUGUUGCUUGAGGGGUUGAAUUGCGUGGCGCGUCUGCUAGCAGGGCAGUCUGGCAUGAUAGAGUGUUGCGUCACAUGAUAUUGUGUGAGGCGGCCUCCAGGUGUAUUGCUGGAGUGUGUUGCGUCAUUAUGGUGCAAACGUAAGCUGGCAGCCAGGUAAUGUUGCGUCACAUGAAGACACUACAUGUCAACAGUCUGAUAACAUUGUGUCACAUGAUGACACUGCCUGUCAACAGUCUGGUAACACUGCGUCACAUGAAGACUGCCUGUCAACAGUCUGGUAACACUGCGUCACAUGAAGACUGCCUGUCAACAGUCUGGUAACACUGCGUCACAUGAUGACACUGCCUGUCAACAGUCUGGUAACACUGCGUCACAUGAUGACACUGUCUGUCAACAGUCUGGUAACACUGCGUCACAUGAUAACACUGUCUGUCAACAAACUCCUAAGCCUGCAUGAACAAGGGGACACAGGUGAUACACAACCAAGUAACACAUAAACAAAGGGGACACAGGUACAAAACAACUAACCAAAUGAGUCACAGAGUUAUUAAAAAAAAGAGUAUUUAUCAAAAGUGGAAACAGAAAACGAAUAUAAUAUACUCAAAAAUAAAUAGUUGGAAGCCUACUCCAUAGGCCUCUCUUGAACACAGAAGAGGGUGAAGGGGGCGCUGUUACGUGACCUAAACAACACUUAGACACCAAACGUUUUUGAGCUAGACUGGAACUCCGGGAGUUUCCCGCAAGCGGAAGAAACAGUCACUGGAUACCGCAGAGAGAGAGAGAGAGAGAGAGAGAGAGAGAGAGAGAGAGAGAGAGAGAGAGAGAGAGACAGACAGACAGACAGACAGACAGACAGACAGACAGACAGACAGACAGACAGACAGACAGACAGACAGACAGACAGACAGACAGAGACAAAGAAACAGAGAGAGAACUAGGCUGCAACAAACUAAAUUAUUGUCAUUUUCACCCAUACACAACACCUAUUUAACUAUAUCCAAAUAUAUGAAGCCAUUACGAUAUACAUCAUACAUACACACAACACACACACACUCUGGAUGAUUAUGUAUACCCCACUGAAGCCCAAUCACUUCCGUCGCGUGAUCCCUCCCAAAUACCCUAGGCCUAAAGCACUAUACAUAGUUUCUGAUUUAGGUUUGGUGUUCGAUGUAGGCCUAUCAACUUCUGGAGGGUUAUUCAGGCCAACACAAUAGUUUAGUGACCAACCCUCAAGUAUACCUUUAGUCCUAAACAUUGUCCAGGACUAAAGUGUACUCAGUGUAGAGUACUGGACUCAAGAGUUAUACCGAGUUGGGAUAUGAGGACACUAAGAGCUGGGAUACGAGGACACUAAGAGCUGGGAUAUGAGGAGACACUAAGAGCUGGGAUACGAGGACACUAAGACCUGGCAUACGAGGACACUAAGACCUGGCAUACGAGGACACUAAGACCUGGCAUACGAGGACACUAAGACCUGGCAUACGAGGACACUAAGAGCUGGGAUAUGAGGAGACACUAAGACCUGGCAUACGAGGACACUAAGACCUGGCAUACGAGGACACUAAGACCUGGCAUACGAGGACACACUGGCAUAUUUGGCGGGAACACAAAGCCAUGAAUGAAGCGUGUACUACGAGCCUUGUAUUCAUCACUGAGGGAAACAGUGAAUGAGAGUAGCGCCGCCACCAUGAAUGAAACUGGAGCGGCCGGGGGGGGCACUAAUACUACGAGGCUUGUCUCCGUUGUUCGCUCUCGACUCACACUCGGGUAUCCCGGGUUCGAAUCCCUGAUGGACAUGGAUGCACGCCUUUCCGAUCUACCUGAUACCUCUGUUCACCCAGCGGUACACAGGUACCCGGGAGUUAGUCAACUGUUGUGGGUAGCAUUCUGGGGGGGGGUCCGUAGUUCGACUUGGGGUGAAGGGGGACCUCGAUAUAUGCCUAAGGUACAUAUAUAUAUAUACUCAGGCUGCCUGUCCCCGGCACAAUGAAUUGUUGUAUAAUGCUCUUUUAAUAUUGCUAUAUUAUGUAACGCCUUUAAUCUUCAUGUUCAGCCACUUGGACUGGUCGGUAGAGCGACGACUUUUUAAGGAUCUGAGUUCGAUUUCCGAUGGUCCAAGUGUUAGGAGCAGUUUCUUCCCUCCGUCCUUGCAAUCCAGGGAUCCCUGACGUCAUAUGUCCUCCAAGUGUUGCAUAGUCUUGUUCUGCACCUUAAUUAAGGCUGACGUUGCGCAAGACUUCGUUACAAGUGUGUGUGUGUGUGUGUGUGUGUGUGUGUGUGUGUGUGUGUGUGUGUGUGUGUGUGUGUGUGUGUGUGUGUGUGUGUGUGUGUGUGUGUGUGUGUGGAUCAUUUACGGUGCAGCGUUACAUAAUUUGGUGCUGUGGUUAUUGAGUGAUUAUCAGGACAAUUACUACUAAUGCUGGUACGAUUUAAUUCGUCUUGCCAAUGAUGUAACUAAUUACUAUUGCCACAGUUUACAGCUUUAGCUAAUACUGCACCUGUUGCUAGGCUUCACGUCUCCCACUGAGGGAUAUUAUCCAGGUGCUCCUGUAUCCUGGAUGUUAUCCAUGGAACUUCUUGAUUUUUUCUGCAGUGGCUGAAGUUGUCUCACCUGCACCUAUUCCCUACUGAUCUGCCAGACGUAACAUACACACAUAUACAUCCACUAAACAUAAAAUAUACUUCGAAUUCAAAAUUUCCCAUCAAGGAACAUAAACAUAUCGAAAUAAAACUGAUAUCAAUAAGGCUCCAACAUAUUGGUUUUACUCAAAAAUAUAUAUAUAUUUUGCGCUGCGCGUACGCGUGCUAGUGGCUUUACAAGAGUGUAAUUACUGUACUAUACUAUGUAUUCUCACAAACCUAAUGUACCUUCUUGUAUAUAAAUAAAUAAAUAAAAAUAAAUAUUAUCCUGGCAGUUUAUGCUACAAUAAUUUAACUCACAACUUUCCUUGUAGUUCAGAAUUUUCGUUGGCAAAGACGCGCCUUUCCACCGAUGUAAACAAAAAAACCGAGAAUUCGUCGCUUAGGCUUCAGAACUGAAUGACAUAAUUCCAAGGUCACAGGGGGAGUAUUCCCACCAAACGUUUACGGCGCCCCAAUAGAGGCUACUGAGGUGACCAGCUGCCUCAAUAUGCCCCCAUAUGGAGAGCCUCUAGGUGUUCCAGCGACACAUGACACAACUGGUGCAUAAUAAGGGAGGUUUUGUCUGUGUUUUUUGAUUUAUGCAGAUGUUGCGGCCAGUCGCCAGGUGCCGCGAUGAGGCCCUCAUGGCCAGGUAGACACCGUGACGUGAACAAAUAGGAAGACGUUAGUCUUGACGUCAUAGAUUUCCCCGUGUUGGUGGCAGAGUCUGGUUUAAAAUGGCGGAUGGUAGCCGAGCUCGGCAGUCUUCUCCUUCUUCAGCAAGAGUGCGGAGCUCGUCUUCAUCUUGCCACUUCGUGUUAUAUAGACGACUUUCGUGCGACAUUACUAGCGGGAGAUAUAUAAGCUGAAACUUCUAUUUCAUAUCUACACAAAUCGAUUCCAUUUACAAUGGAGGGUUCCAACUACGAGGAUCUGAGGGCGUCUCUCACGUUCGACGAGCCACUCUUCGGCCACGGCGCGAGCAUCGACAACCUGUGUCAGACGUAUCUUGGCGACCUUGACUCCUACUGUCCAGGCUUGGAGCUUCACUACCCCGGCGAGGAGACUUAUAACACCGGCCUUCUGGAGCAGAUAGAAGCUUUCUCCAAGAUGGACGUCAGUGACUGGAGAGGCGAGGACUGCUUGGAUUGGGCUGGAAGCGUGUGCAGGCGUCGGGGUCUGGACCAGACCACCGUGGACCUCUGGGUAUUUAGAAACACCUGCGGCAGCCUUCUCCUGCAGUACACCUGCCAGGACUUCUGCAGCCUCGUGGGCGCCGUAUACGGACCCGUCUUCCACCAGGAGUUCACCCAGAUGAGACAUGACCGAGAUGCUGGUGAGCUGAAGUACGAGGAGACUGGGAGCGCCUCCCCACACGUGGAGUACCCCUGGGGGACCAGCGACACCCUCUCAGCUGACCCCUGGGACCUCACCAACGAAGAUAUUAAGGACCUGGACAGAUACAUCGACGCCAGUGAACCUGCCGACCCUCUCAGCGGAGGACUCCAAGAGAUGGAUCUCUACGAGCAGUCCAUUUACUAUGGCAGUGCCAGUGUCACUCCCGAGCCUGUUGCCCAGAUGUCCGCCGGAGGAGAUGGCACUCCUGUCCUCUCCAGUGACCCUCUCAAGAAGAUACGACCAGACGCCAAGAAACGAGAGCGAGGACCUAAGAACUGGGAGUUCGUCAUCCGCCUCCUGGCUGACUCUCAGACGAAUCCUUCGUUGAUACGGUGGGAGGAACAGUCGCAGGGGACCUUCCGCUUGGUCCAGCCCUCUGUCAUCGCCAGGAUGUGGGGCCAGAGGGCUGAUAAACCCAACCUCUCCUACGAUAACUUCGCUCGAGGCCUUAGGUACCACUACACUACUGGAGCGCUGCAGCCGGUGUCCGAGAAACAACUGGUGUACAAGUGUGGUCCAAAGGCUCUCAAGUACCUCAUCGAACUGAAGAGAACGCUGUCAGCGUAAUCGUCAACGCUUACGCUCACCAGCGACGCUCUCAUCAACUCGUUGUCACCACUGGCUUGUCAACGACAACCGCAGCUACAACUGCUCCUCGUCAGCUCUGGCUUACCAGCAAAGUCGACCGCAGCUACAACUCAUUGUUGUUUUGUCAACGACAUCAAACGCAGCUGGAUUUAUUUGUUGUCUUGUAAGCACUAUCUUGUCAACGACGUCGACCGCAGCUGGAACUGCUCUUCGUCAACACUGGUUUCCUCAAGCAAACAGAUGUAAAAAAAAACUAUGUUCGAAGUACUUCGCGCGUUCAAGAAGGAGACACUGCCGUUUCCAGCGACGUCAUCUGUCUCUUGGAGCAACAAAAGUUUGUCCUGGAAUCGGAAGCUUUCCAAGGAAAAAAGGAAAAAACAAGAAUAUAAUCAUCUAUCGGCCGUGUCGUUCGAAUAUUCCUUCAAAUGGGAAGUGUUUGAAUAGCUUCAAGGAACAGAUGCAGCGGAAUUUACCAAUGUGUUCAAAAUAUUUUGAAUUUGAACUGUGUCCAGAUAGAAAACGGCGAGUACUACACCGAAAAUAUAUAAACCUCCUGCAUUGCUCUACACGCUCAUAUAUAUAUAUAUAUAUAUAUAUAUAUAU